AUCCUGUAGUCUCUCUCUACUCUAUCGUAACCUACUUAUCGAACUCUUCUGGGUACUCCAGUGACUCCCCAUUUUGACCUCACUUGACUCAAAAAUAUCAUAGAGAAGAACCUCUGCAACUGUCUGUACAUGGAGAGCUUGAAGGGAAUUUGCUUCUUUGUUUCACAGUUCAUGCUCAAAUAGUGUUAUUCUCAACUAUGAUAUAAAAGUACUACAGUAGGCAUUACUAGAACUGGAUUAGGUGGAUGUUGUUUAGCAGUUGCCUUGGCAUUAAGCUUAAUGUAGUAUUUGUAGAGGUUAAGGCGUAUUUCGUGAUAUGAUAUGUUAACCAGGAGCUAUGUGUUUUGAUGCCUUUACUGGUGCAGAAUGGCAGAAGCAAAAGGAAAGAAUUUUGGUGCGUGCAAUACCUUCAAACAUGCAAUCCUUUAUGAAGCAGUGUGAAAGUCAUGAGAAGGAAGUCCAUUCUCAAACUUAAUCUAGCCUUCAUGAACCGAAAUGAUUCUGAACAGACUAAGCAUAUAGAAGAGUUGCUGAAACAGAUUUGGGAAUUGGGUUGAUUAAUUGGGCAAAUGCAUUCUUUUUCAAAUUUGUGAUAUGGAUGCUUCGAUAUCAAGUAUGCUAUGUUGAAGAUUCUCAGUUCAUUGAUCGAGAGAAAGAGUGUUGGUGUUAUUUUGGAUAUCUGUGGAAAAAUGGAAAAUGGGAUGAUGGGUGGUAAGAGACAUCAUUUUGAUGUGUAUAGCUUUGUGAUGGGUAGGUUUCUCCAGAAUAACGAGGUUGAAAUGGGCCUGGAAUUCCACAGAAGGAUGACAGGGAAUGGGUCUGUGCCUAAUAUUUUAGUUUGUAAUAAAAUUUUAAGGACUCUUUACAAAGAAAACCGAGGGGGUGUUGCACAUCAGUUUUUCUUAUUGAUGCAAGAAGUAGGUCCAAAGCCAAGUCUGGUGACAUUUAGUACGGUGGUUAAUGGAUUCUGUAAGGAAAGAAGGUUGGAUGAGGCAUUCAAACAUUAUGUUCUAAUGACUGCAAAAGGUAUAGAGCCUGACAUAGUUGUUUAUAGCAUUUUAAUUGAUGGUUUGUUCAAGGCUGGGAAGUUCGACAAGGCAAAUCAGUUGCUCUCAGCUGCAUUAAGUAAAGGCAUAAAAUUGGAUGUUGUUAUUUUCAGCACCAUAAUUGAUGGUUACAUACGAAGGGGAGAUAUUCUAAGCGGUGUUGAAGUUUAUAAGAGAAUGUUAAGGGAAGAAGUCCGGCCAAGCAUCGUUACAUAUAGUAUCCUUUUAAAUGGCUUGUGCAAAAAUGAUCGGCUUCUUGAGGCAUUUGGAGUGUAUGGUCAGAUUGUAAAAAACGGCAUUCAGCCAUCUCUUGUUACUUACAGCAGUCUUAUUGACGGUUUCUGCAAGCUAGGAAAUUUUAUAGAGGGAUUUCAUUUAUACAAGGAUAUGGUAAAUAAGGGACAUAUUCCUGAUGUUACUGUUUGCAACAUGCUUAUAAAUGGCCUCGUUAAACAAGGGUGGAUGGACGAUGCACUUGUGUUCUUUUAUCAAGUUGUUAAAAGCGGAUUAGUUCCCAAUGUUUAUAUAUUUAAUACAUUGAUGGAUGGGUUCUGUAGAUUGAAACAAAUAAAGGAGGCCACAAAUCUGUAUAUUCUGAUGGGUGCUUAUGAUAUAGUCCCAGAUCUAGUGACUCACACUCUUAUUAUCCGAGGCAUCUUUGAGCUAGGGAGAUUUCGUGAAGCCUUAGCUUAUUUCUUCCAAAUCCUGAAGAGGGGGUUCCUUCCCGAUGUUGUUACAUAUUGUGUUCUCAUUGACGGGCUUUGCAAAUGUCAUAAUCUAGCUGCCGGAUUACAGGUUUUUGAGCUUAUGAAGAAAACCGGAACACAACCUGAUAUUGCCAUUUAUAAUGUUCUCAUAAAUUCACAUUUUAAAGAAGGUCAUUUGAGAAACGCAUUGGAACUGUUCAGACACGUCUUGGAUUGUGGACCAGAUCCCGAUAUUGUGACCUACAACACUGUAAUUUGUGGCUACUGCUCUAUGAAAAUGUUGAACGAAGCCAUUCAACUUUUUGAAGAGCUGAAGCAGAGACGAAUCAGGUACAACACAAUUACCUUAACUAUUCUGAUUGAUGGGUUCUGUAAAGAAGGUAGAAUGGACGAUGCAAUGUCAUUAUUCUCUGAAAUGACGGGAAAAGAUAAACUCCCCAAUGUGGUCACAUACAGCUGUUUAAUUGAUGGCUACUUCAAGUUUUACUCUUUGGAAACAGCAUUCGAGCUCCAUAAAGCAAUGCUCAGCAACAAUAUUUCCCCAAACAUCAUAAGCUACACAGUUCUGAUUGAUGGCCUUUGCAAAAGGGGAAUGGUGAAAGAAGCAUCGUCUAUCUUUUAUUCUGCUUUGAAAUGUGGUUUAUUGCCCGAUGUGAUAACGUAUGGCGUUCUGCUCCGUGGUUACUGCAAGUUUGGAUGGUUGGUGGAAGCAAAAUCAUUGUAUAACCACAUGCUUGAAGCUGGGAUUAAGCCAGAUAGCCUUGUACAGAAUACAAUUGCAGAAUACCAUUUUCAUCUUUGACCGAGUAGACAACUCGAGAAGGAAUCAGUUUCUAUAUGUACCGAUACACUGUACAAAACCGUAGCAUUUUAUCAUGUUCUUAGUAUUGUUAUUAUUAUUCUUCAUUGUAAAGUAUAGAAGUUAAGGAUACCAACUUUGUACUAUAGCUGAACUAUUUAUUAAUGGAGAAGUCUCUACGUUAUACUACUUUCUUUACAUUCUGGAGUAUAAACCUAAAGGUGAACUUAUG